GAACGGGGGCGAACAACAUGCCCACUGUGGAGCCACUUGGGUGCUAGCUUGUUUCUCACAUGGACACGGGUGGCCUACGGUUCCGCUUGAUAUAAAGAGCUUAUGGGAGCCUUCUGUUCGAGUUCCUGCAAGCUUCAACUGUCGUUAUACAUACAUCAAAGAACUUUCACUACACCGAUCACCGUAUCAACACCAAGACAACCGUCAAAAUGAAGACCUUCACCAUCGCUGCCUUCGCCGCUCUGGCCUCCGUUGGCUCUGCCCAGCUCAGCAACAUCCCAUCUUGCGCCCUUCAAUGCUUCCUCGCUCCCCUCCAGAGCGACGGCUGCUCUUCUCUCACCGACUUCGAGUGCCACUGCAAGAAGGGUGCUGAGCUCCUCGGCCAGGUCCAGCCCUGUGUUCAGGGUGCUUGCGAGCAGGAGGACCAGGCCAAGGCCAUCUCCGCCGUCCAGGACACCUGCAAGGCCGCUGGUGUCCCCAUCACCAUCCCCGACGCCAGCGCUGCUCCCUCUAUGGCCAGCUCUGCUGUCGCCAGCGCCACAUCCGCUGCCGCCUCUAUGGCAUCUUCUGCCGCCUCCAUGGCUUCCUCCAUGGCUUCCUCUGUCAUGUCUGAGGCUUCCUCCGCUGUUGAGUCUGCCGCUUCCUCCAUGGCCUCCGAGAUGUCCUCCGCCAUGAUGACCGGUACCCCCACUGCCAGCGAGAGCAUGAUGAGCAUGACCCCCUCUGCCUCCAUGUCCGAGUUCACCGGUGCCGCUGCCCAGGCUACCCAGGCUGUCGGUAUCAUCGGUGCCGCCGCCCUUGCCAUGCUCGCUUUGUAGAUACCCUCAAGCCCUUGGUGGCAAGCAUGAACGGAUUCACUGGUUAGUCAAAGUCGGGAUGUAAUGGAAUCACGUUGGGAUGGAUGGAUCGAAUCUUGUAUUACCACCGAAAACCGAUAAUGCGAUACUUAAUACUUCCAACUUCGAUGCCUUUUUUCCAAAUCAAUUCCUUGUUUCACAUUCUAAGCUUGAUGUAUCUU